AUGGAGUCACCAGGAUUAGAAUGUAAAACCUCAAGAGUGUCCAGUGGCCUUCUCACUGUAGCAAAAGGCAGAGGAUGCAGUCAGGUGAUGGCACACUACGUGUCUCUACCCUCUCAAACCGCCGAUCCCACCAACGUGGAGCAGGCGAUGCAGUUUUUCGAGCCAAGUCGACCGUUUGUAAAGGACUCAAUUCGGCUGCUUAAAAGAUGUAUCAAACCCGACAGAAGAGAAUUCCAGAAGGUCGCCAUGGCCACAGCGAUAGGAUUCGCUAUCAUGAGAUUCACUGGCUUCUUUGUGAAACUGAUCCCUAUCCCUGUUCAUAAUAUUCUUGUGGGUGGCUGA